CUCGGCCCCCUCCCGCCGGGUCAGCCCCGAAGAGUCGCCGGUGGCCGCGGCAGACGGAAGCUGAACGAGUGCCUCGGCGGCUGCAGGAUGGGGGACUCCAAAGUGAAAGUGGCAGUGCGGAUACGACCCAUGAACCGGCGAGAGAUUGACUUGCAUACCAAAUGUGUGGUGGAUGUCGAUGCAAACAAGGUUAUUCUUAAUCCUGUAAAUACGAAUCUUUCCAAAGGGGAUGCCCGGGGCCAGCCGAAGGUGUUUGCUUAUGAUCAUUGUUUCUGGUCUAUGGAUGAAUCUGUCAAAGAAAAGUAUGCAGGUCAAGAUAUUGUUUUCAAGUGCCUUGGGGAGAAUAUCCUGCAGAAUGCUUUUGAUGGCUACAAUGCAUGUAUCUUUGCCUAUGGACAGACUGGAUCUGGAAAAUCUUACACCAUGAUGGGCACAGCUGACCAACCUGGAUUAAUUCCAAGACUUUGCAGUGGACUCUUUGAACGAACUCAGAAAGAGGAAAAUGAAGAACAGAGUUUUAAAGUAGAAGUGUCCUACAUGGAAAUUUAUAAUGAAAAAGUUCGAGACCUCCUUGAUCCCAAAGGAAGCCGUCAGACGUUGAAAGUCAGAGAGCAUAGUGUGUUGGGACCUUAUGUCGACGGACUUUCUAAACUGGCUGUCACAAGCUACAAGGAUAUUGAGUCGUUGAUGUCUGAGGGUAACAAAUCUCGCACAGUUGCUGCAACCAACAUGAACGAGGAGAGUAGCCGAUCUCAUGCAGUUUUCAAAAUCACCCUCACACAUACUCUCUAUGAUGUGAAGUCUGGGACAUCUGGCGAGAAAGUGGGCAAACUGAGCCUGGUGGAUUUAGCUGGCAGUGAACGAGCAACGAAGACAGGCGCUGCAGGGGACAGGCUGAAGGAAGGGAGCAACAUUAACAAGUCCCUCACAACCCUCGGUCUGGUUAUCUCAGCUCUUGCAGAUCAGAGUGCUGGCAAAAACAAGAAUAAAUUUGUUCCGUAUCGUGACUCAGUUCUCACUUGGCUGCUCAAAGACAGCCUUGGGGGUAAUAGCAAGACCGCCAUGGUGGCUACUGUGAGUCCUGCAGCUGAUAACUAUGAUGAAACCCUCUCAACUCUGCGGUAUGCAGAUCGAGCCAAGCACAUUGUUAACCACGCUGUGGUGAACGAGGACCCUAAUGCCCGAAUUAUCCGGGAUCUCCGGGAAGAAGUUGAGAAACUCCGGGAGCAGCUGACCAAAGCAGAGGCAAUGAAAUCUCCAGAGCUAAAGGACCGGCUGGAAGAAUCUGAGAAGCUAAUCCAGGAAAUGACUGUGACCUGGGAGGAGAAAUUAAGGAAAACAGAGGAGAUUGCACAGGAACGACAGAAACAGCUUGAGAGUCUUGGAAUAUCUCUUCAGUCUUCGGGAAUCAAAGUUGGGGAUGAUAAAUGCUUCCUUGUGAAUCUGAAUGCUGACCCAGCUCUGAAUGAGCUUCUGGUGUACUAUUUAAAGGAACAUACGUUGAUAGGGUCAGCAAAUUCCCAAGAUAUCCAACUGUGCGGCAUGGGAAUUCUUCCUGAACACUGUAUUAUAGACAUCACGUCAGAAGGCCAGGUUAUGCUGACUCCUCAGAAGAACACCAGGACAUUUGUAAAUGGGUCAUCUGUCUCCAGUCCAAUACAGCUACACCAUGGGGACAGGAUAUUAUGGGGAAACAACCAUUUCUUCAGACUCAAUUUGCCUAAAAAGAAAAAGAAAGCAGAACGAGAGGAUGAGGACCAGGAUCCCUCCAUGAAGAACGAGAACAGUUCUGAGCAGCUGGAUGUAGAUGGAGACUCCUCCAGCGAGGUGUCCAGUGAAAUUAACUUUAAUUACGAAUAUGCACAGAUGGAGGUCACCAUGAAGGCCCUGGGCAACAAUGAUCCGAUGCAGUCCAUAUUAAACAGCCUAGAACAACAGCAUGAAGAAGAAAAACGAUCUGCACUGGAGCGCCAGAGGCUUAUGUAUGAGCACGAAUUGGAGCAGCUCCGGAGAAGGCUGUCGCCUGAGAAGCAGAACUGCCGGAGCAUGGACAGGUUUUCUUUCCACUCACCCAGUGCUCAGCAACGCUUAAGACAGUGGGCUGAGGAGAGAGAAGCAACGUUGAAUAACAGCCUGAUGAGGCUGAGGGAACAAAUUGUUAAGGCCAAUCUGUUGGUGAGAGAAGCUAAUUACAUUGCUGAGGAGCUGGAUAAAAGAACAGAAUACAAAGUUACCCUACAGAUUCCAGCCUCCAGCCUGGAUGCCAACAGGAAGCGAGGCUCUCUUCUUAGUGAGCCUGCAAUCCAGGUGAGAAGAAAAGGAAAAGGAAAGCAGAUUUGGUCUUUGGAAAAACUGGACAACAGGCUGUUGGAUAUGAGAGACCUUUAUCAGGAGUGGAAAGAGUGUGAAGAAGAUAACCCAGUAAUACGAUCGUACUUCAAACGUGCUGAUCCAUUCUAUGAUGAGCAGGAAAAUCACAGUCUCAUUGGGGUGGCCAAUGUCUUCCUCGAGUCCCUUUUCUAUGAUGUGAAGUUACAAUACGCGGUUCCCAUCAUCAACCAGAAAGGAGAGGUGGCAGGUCGGCUGCACGUGGAGGUGAUGCGAAUCAGUGGUGAUGUUGGGGAAAGGAUCGCAGGAGGCGACGAGGUGGCAGAGGUCUCCUUUGAGAAGGAGACCCAGGAGAACAAACUGGUGUGCAUGGUUAAAAUCCUCCAAGCUACUGGGUUGCCACAGCAUCUAUCCCACUUUGUGUUCUGCAAAUACAGCUUCUGGGAUCAACAGGAGCCGGUGAUUGUCGCUCCUGAAGUGGACACCUCCUCCUCUUCCGUCAGCAAGGAGCCGCACUGCAUGGUCGUCUUUGAUCAUUGCAAUGAGUUUUCUGUUAACAUCACCGAAGACUUUAUCGAGCAUCUUUCCGAAGGAGCAUUGGCAAUUGAAGUAUAUGGACAUAAAAUAAACGAUCCCCGGAAAAACCCCGCCCUGUGGGAUUUGGGAAUCAUCCAAGCAAAGACACGUAGUCUUCGGGACAGAUGGAGUGAAGUGACCAGGAAAUUGGAAUUCUGGGUUCAAAUCUUGGAACAGAAUGAGAAUGGUGAAUACUGCCCUGUAGAAGUGAUUUCUGCAAAGGAUGUCCCAACAGGAGGAAUCUUCCAGCUCCGGCAGGGGCAGUCCCGGAGAGUUCACGUCGAAGUGAAGUCGGUGCAGGAAUCUGGGACUUUACCACUGAUGGAAGAAUGUAUACUGUCUGUUGGCAUUGGAUGUGUCAAAGUUAGACCGCUCAGAGCCCCCAGAACACAUGAGACCUUCCAUGAGGAAGAGGAAGACAUGGACAGCUACCAGGAUCGAGAUUUAGAGAGACUUCGUAGAAAAUGGCUAAACGCAUUAACAAAACGUCAGGAGUACUUGGAUCAACAAUUGCAAAAGCUUGUCAGUAAAUGUGAUAAAACAGAGGAUGAUGCUGACCGCGAAGCGCAGCUUCUGGAGAUGCGGCUGACCCUAACUGAGGAGAGGAACGCGGUGAUGGUCCCCUCUGCUGGCAGUGGUAUUCCAGGGGCCCCAGCAGAAUGGACCCCAGUACCUGGGAUGGAGACACACAUUCCUGUUAUAUUCCUGGACUUAAAUGCUGAUGAUUUCAGCUCUCAGGAUAAUCUUGAUGACCCAGAAGCUGGUGGAUGGGAUGCGACCUUGACUGGGGAAGAAGAAGAGGAGUUCUUUGAAUUGCAGAUUGUGAAGCAGCAUGAUGGGGAGGCGAAAGCAGAAGCCUCCUGGGACUCCGCGGUGCACAGCUGCCCUCAGCUCAGCAAGGGCACGCCUGCAGACGAGCGGUUGUUCCUGAUCGUGCGUGUGACGGUCCAGCUCAGCCACCCUGCUGACAUGCAACUGGUGUUACGCAAGAGAAUCUGUGUCAAUGUUCACGGCCGGCAGGGUUUUGCACAGAGUCUCCUAAAAAAGAUGUCUCAUCGAAGUUCUAUUCCUGGCUGUGGAGUGACUUUUGAAAUUGUCUCCAAUAUUCCAGAGGAUGCCCAGGGAGUGGAGGAACGGGAAGCAUUAGCAAGAAUGGCAGCCAAUGUUGAAAACCCAGCUUCUGCUGACUCGGAGGCUUAUAUUGAAAAGUACCUCAGGAGCGUGCUGGCUGUAGAAAACCUCCUGACUUUGGAUCGUCUGCGCCAGGAAGUUGCGGUGAAGGAACAGUUAACAGGAAAAGGGAAGUUGAGCAGGAGGAGUAUCAGUUCUCCAAAUGUGAACAGAGUGAGUGUGUGGAACCAAGCUCUGUGCUGUGCCUGGGACUUCUCUCCUCUCCUCUUUUCUUGGUUGUCUGGAAGCCGACAAGAUCUCAUUCCAUCAUACAGUCUAGGCAGCAACAAGGGCCGGUGGGAAAGUCAGCAGGAUGUAUCCCAAACCACAGUUUCCAGAGGAAUAGCUCCUGCCCCCACCCUCUCUGUUUCUCCCCAAAAUAACCAUUCUCCAGAUCCAGGACUCAGUAACCUUGCAGCAUCCUACUUGAAUCCCGUCAAAUCCUUCGUGCCGCAGAUGCCAAAGCUCCUCAAGUCUCUCUUUCCCGUCCGCGAUGAGAAGAGGGGCAAGCGACCGUCUCUCCUUGCACACCAGCCCGUGCCCCGCAUCAUGGUGCAGUCAGCCGGCCCGGACGUCAGGGUGACCAGGAUGCAGGAGGCUCAGCCAGAGAUGGGCCCUGACGUGCUGGUGCAGACGAUGGGGGCCCCGGCCUUGAAGAUCUGCGACAAACCCACCAAAGUGCCUUCCCCGCCGCCUGUCAUAGCUGUCACAGCGGUCACCCCGGCUCCGGAGGCACAGGACGGGCCCCCCAGCCCCCUGAGUGAAGCCUCUAGUGGGUACUUCUCCCACAGCGUCUCCACCGCGACCCUGUCGGACACCCUGGGCCCCGGCCUGGACGCUGCGGCCCCGCCCGGGUCCAUGCCCACCGCCCCUGAGGCCGAGCUCGAGGCGCCCAUCAGUCACCUCCCGCCGCCCACGGCCGUCCCCGCCGAGGAGCCCCCUGGCCCCCAGCAGCUCGUGAGCCCCAGCCAGGAGCGCCCCGACCUCGAGGCCCCGGCGCCCGGCUCCCCCUUCCGCGUCCGGAGGGUGCGGGCCUCGGAGUUGCGCUCCUUCUCGCGCAUGCUGGCCGGGGACCCCGGCUGCUUCCCGGGGGCCGAGGGGGAUGCGCCGGCCGCGGGCGCCGGGGGACAGGCCCUGGCCUCUGAUUCCGAGGAAGCUGACGAGGUCCCGGAGUGGCUCCGAGAGGGCGAGUUCGUCACCGUGGGUGCCCACAAAACGGGCGUGGUGAGAUACGUGGGGCCCGCCGACUUCCAGGAGGGCACGUGGGUCGGUGUGGAGCUCGACCUGCCCUCAGGUAAGAAUGACGGUUCCAUCGGCGGGAAGCAGUACUUCAGGUGUAACCCUGGCUACGGGCUGCUGGUCAGGCCCAGCCGGGUCCGCAGGGCCACGGGCCCCGUGCGGCGGCGCAGCACAGGACUCCGGUUGGGUGCCCCCGAGGCCCGCCGGAGCGCCACCCUCUCAGGCUCCGCCACCAACCUGGCCUCGCUGACAGCUGCCCUGGCCAAGGCCGACAGGAGCCACAAGAACCCUGAGAACCGGAAAUCCUGGGCCAGCUGAGCCGCUGCCUUAGGGCGAACUCUUCUGGGGGUGCCCGGCCCCUUUUGAGCCCUGCCAGUGACAGCCCUGGGGAGCCAGGAGCCCGGUGGCCCCUUCCCCAGGGGCAGGGCAGUGAAUGCUUUUUGCACGACACAGGGCUGGUGACCUCCCUGGGCCUCUGGAAGCUUUGUUUCUUCUGUACCCGGGUAAAGUGGGGGCCUCAGCUGUGCCUCCUCAGGUGGAUGGAAGGUUCUGGGUGCCCGCAGGGGCUGGGGGAUGCUAGGACUGAGGCCCUGUGGUGCAGCACCUGGUCAUCUUGCUGUGCGCCUGUGCCUGUGCCUGUGCCUGUGCCUGGGGCCUUAUGUUGCUCUUUCUAUCAUUUCCAUUCUGGUGGCCCCACUAAUGUCUUAACCUAAACCAUAAUUGUAACCAGUGCCUUUCCUCCCCACUGGAGGGCAAGCCCCCCACCCACCCAGGAUGUCCUGGCUCACUCCACAAGCCCCCCAGCCUCCCACCCUGGUCCCAGGUUCCCGCAAGUGCCUCUGGGGGACCCUGCAGCCUCCCACCCUGGUCCCAGGUUCCACAAGUGCCUCUGGAGGGCCCUAGGCUCUGGCAGAUGGUCCUGGUGCCCUGGACGCGGGCCGAGGGCCUGAGCCCCCCCAUCCCUCCUCUGCCAGCGUUUCUUAGCGGUUUCUCUGUGGGUGUCUUGGCAUCUUUACACCUGGAAAGCCUCUUAUGUUUGCCGUUUAUUCCCUUCACAGAAGGCUUGGAAUGUAUUUAUUUAUAUUUAUUUUUUCAAAAUCCGAAAUCAUUUGCGAGCCGCAAUCGUCGUCUGCCUGUGCAUGGGGGCCCAGGGCCUGCCUUGCACGUUGCAGCCUCUCUGGCCAUUGCAGAGCUGCUGGCCUCCUGCCCAGGUAGAGGGUCCUGGGGACGGCAGAGGAUAAAGCCCCCUCCUCACAUCCCUCUGUUGCGGAUCCAUAGUGGCCUUACUGUUAACUUGGAUGAGAGCAAAAACCUGGGAGAGUGAUGUGCUUCUGUAGUCGGUGACAAAGGAAGAGGCAUUGCUACUUUAUUUGGUGCACUUUUGGUUUCUAGGAAGGUCUUUGGGUCAUUUUAACUUCUUGGCAAUUCCCAGACUCUGAGAGUGUGGGGCUGGGGCCUGGCGGCUGGGCUGGUGCAGGGAGUGUGCUGGUUUGUCUCCAGACCCUCACAGCAGCCACGCCCCCAGGCCCACCCCUGCAUGGUGCGGGCGGGACAGCCGGAAGCUUCCGGGGUGGCCUCCACCUCCUUGCUGGGGCACUUCUGCUCCUGGAGCCUUUGGUGCCAGGUUUGUGGGAUGGGGGUUAGCGUCUAUGUGUGGAAGGCCACCAAUCUAGGGACAGGAGUCCUGGGUCAAGAUUCACACAGCCACUCUUGGAGCUAGUUCUCACAUGUAGACAACACCUGGGAAGCGCUACAGAAGGCUCUGGUUCUCUAGGGAGUUGAAGCCUCCAACGGAGUAGUCUCCAUGGUGGGCCUGUCCCAGCCCUGGCUGCGAGGACAGGUUGUCUUUCUCUCCCCAGGUGGCGAGGGACAUGAAGGCCAAGGCCGGGCUGGCAGAGGGCCCGGCUCCAGGGCUCUCCCUGCCCUUAGGCAGUUUUGAGGGAACCCUGUGGCACCUGUCCCUGGAUGAAAAGCUGUCACCUCUGCCUUGCCCUUUAACUCAACCCGCUUCCCAGCACAGCGGCUUUCUUUUUAAAACCUGUUUCACUGAGAAGUUUGUUUUUGGGUCCGCUGGUGUCACUGUGGCCUGGGUGAGAGGCCAGCACUGCUGUUACCCUGAGGGGGAACGCCUGGGCCGCGUAGUGGGGACGCUCUGGGAAUGUUGGCGGACGGGCAGUGUGGGUGGGACCUGGCACUUUGUGGUGGCUGAGCCAUCCACCCAGCAGCGGCCUCCUGUAGCGCCGUCUGGGGAGAGUCCUGGGGGACGUGUGUUGUGCUUUUUACCAUCGGUUUGACUUACAGUGGAGUAGAACGAGCCAGAGUUCCUGACUUGAGCAGGUGGAUUUGGGCCCAGGCCCUGUUCACUCUUGCUUCUCGGUGCAGACUAAUGUCAGCUCGUGGCUGGGAAAGAGGGAUGUGCAGUGAUGUGGUCACUAAGGCAAUGAGCUCCACCGGCCCUGGGCCAGCACUUGGCAGGCAGGAGGUGCGGUCUCGAGAGUGGCGGGCCAGGGUGGGCUGGGCUCCGUCUUCUAUCUUCUUUUCUUGCCUCCCUGACCAGCAGACUCACCUCCCAAGAACGCCUGUCCGCCCGCCCGCCUUAGGACUCCCGAUGCGCUCCUGGAAGGCCCCAGGAGUGGCACCCUAGUGUGGGUCGGCCUGCAGAUGGCACCCAAGGCCGGGAAGGGCAGUAACUACACACACGGCGCUGUCAGACAUGGGGGUGGGGGAUGCUUCUGGGGGCCCUGCCUCCCCAUUGUGUGCCCAGAACAUCCCUGGCCCCACCCUGCCACUUCGCUCAGGCCCUUAUGAAGGACUGAGGCUCCAGGGUGAGAAGGCUCACUUCUGCCCCGGGCACUGCGUCCGGCAGCAGAGGGGACAGGGGGCAGGUUUGUGACUGGGUUCCUGGGUACCCAGGCCUGACCAGAGGGAGCGGGAGGGCAGAGGUGAGGAGGGGGAAGGCGUUUCUGGGCCCAGCAAGGUUCAACAAGAGAACGUAGCUGGGAAUGUGACUGCUGGAGCCUGAGAGGUGGAGGAGUUCAGAUCCCCCGUUACUUCCUAGCAUUUUCUCCUCUUGCCUUAAAAGUUCCCUGUAUAUGUGAAACAGGAAGUCCUGAGUGUUUGUUGGUGGCUGUGCGCACGCACACAAGAUGGGAGUCACCCUGUGCUUCCUGCCCAAGAUACUGACCCAUUGAACCGCAAAGCAUCUUUCUCUCCGCAAAGUCCGUGGUGCCUUCCUGGUGGGCUGCAGACACUAAUGGUGUUGGGGGGUCUUGGAACAGCUUCUCUAUGUGUGGAUUCGUGUAAAUGCGAAGAGUUCACACGUAAAGAAGUGACUUUGAUUCCGUGAUUAUAUUGAUUUGGUACACAGUAAAUGGGAGUUAAAAAAAUCUAAAGACUCUAAUGACUUGUAAAGACUCUAAUGAUUUGUAUCAUGUAAUGAACUAAACCACCUGUAAUUUUGUACCAUGUAUGUCUUUCCAUCAAAUGACCAACAGCUUCUCAAUAAAACCAGACGAUUUCUCACCUGCA